CCCUGGACACUGCUUGCAUCUGUCCCUCCUUUACCUUCAGCGGGGACAAGGGACAGCGGGGGCUUCUAGUGGUCGCGCCGGGCGCCAAACGCCUCUGCCGAGCUGCCUCUUCUAGCUGGCGGCUCUUCUCGGACCGAGUCCGCGUCUGGGGGUGGAAAAUGGCGCCGGCGCCCCAAGGCAUUCGGCAAGAGCCGCUGCUGGGGCAUCGGUCCGGACCGCUUCCCUGGCUCCUCUUCCUCGCUCAGGCCGUCCUGCUCCUGCUGCCGCCCGCCCAGGCAGGCCUGUGCCCGGUGCCCUGCUCCUGCCACCCGCCUCUGCUGGACUGCAGCCGCAGGAAAGUGCCCGCGUCGAGCUGGAGGGCACUGUGGGGCCCGCUGCCCGCACACACCUCCAGCCUGGAUUUGAGUCAUAACCGGUUGACUACCUGGAAUAUCAGCUUGGAAUUGCAGACGUUGCAUGAAGUGAAAAUGAAUUACAAUGAGUUAACAGAAAUGCCAUAUUUUGGAGAAUCAACUUCUAAUAUUACUCUACUCUCAUUAGUACAUAACAUGAUCUCAGAAAUAAAUGCAGAAGUGCUCCAGUUCUACCCUGCUCUUGAGAGUUUAGACCUUAGCUCAAAUAUAAUAUCAGAAAUCAAGACAUCUUCAUUUCCUCGCAUGCCGCUUAAAUACCUGAAUUUGAGUAAUAAUAGGAUAACCACUUUGGAGGCUGGCUGCUUUGAUAAUUUAUCAAGUUCCUUAUUAGUGGUAAAGUUAAACCGGAACCGAAUUAGCAUGAUUCCACCUAAGAUCUUCAAGCUGCCUCACCUUCAAUUCUUGGAACUUAAAAGAAAUAGAAUUAAAGUUGUGGAAGGUCUGACAUUCCAAGGACUUGACACCUUAAGAUCUUUGAAAAUGCAGCGGAAUGGAAUUAGCAAGCUUAAGGAUGGAGCUUUCUUUGGUUUGGAUAACAUGGAAGAGCUAGAACUGGAGCAUAACAACCUUACAGAAGUGAACAAGGGGUGGUUGUAUGGCUUGCGAAUGUUACAGCACCUCUAUCUGAGCCAGAAUGCUAUUGAAAGAAUCAGCUCAGAUGCAUGGGAGUUCUGCCAAAGACUAUCUGAACUUGAUCUGUCCUAUAACCAGUUGACUCGCCUGGAUGAAUCUGCAUUUGUGGGUCUGAAUUUACUGGAGACGUUGAAUUUAGGGGACAACAGGGUCACUCACAUUGCUGAUGGUGUAUUUAGGUUUCUUUCUAAUCUUCAGACAUUAGACUUAAGAAACAAUGAAAUUUCAUGGGCCAUAGAAGAUGCUAGUGAAGCCUUUGCUGGACUCACGAGCCUCACUAAAUUAAUCCUACAGGGAAACCAGAUUAAGUCAAUUACAAAGAAAGCAUUCAUUGGUCUGGGAUCCCUGGAACAUCUAGAUUUAAACAACAAUGCUAUAAUGUCUAUCCAGGAGAAUGCUUUUUCUCAGACUCACUUGAAAGAACUGAUUCUGAACACGAGCAGUUUGCUGUGUGACUGCCAUUUGAGGUGGUUGCUCCGCUGGCUGGUGGACAGCGACGUCCAGCGCUCUGGGAAUGUGAGCUGUGCGCACCCUGAGUGGCUAGCGGGGCAGAGCGUCCUGCGUGUGGACCUGCAAGACUUUGUCUGUGAUGAGUUUCUGAAGCCCCAGAUGAAGACCCAUCCCGAGAGCACGAUUGCCCUGAGAGGCACCAACGUGACCCUGACCUGCACGGCAGUGAGCAGCAGCGGCUCCCUGAUGUCUGCCACGUGGCGCAGAGACAGUGACGUCCUGCAUGACGUGGACAUCGAGAACUUCGUUCGUUACCAGCAGCAAGCUGGAGAAGCUCUGCAGUACACAAGUGUCUUACGUCUUUUCAACGUGAACUUCACGGAUGAAGGAAAAUAUCAGUGCAUUGCCACUAAUCAUUUUGGUUCCAAUUAUUCCCUGAAAGCCAAACUGACGGUGAACGAGAUGCCUUCUUUCCUGAAGACGCCCAUGGAUCUCACUAUCCGUACCGGUGCCAUGGCCAGACUCGAAUGUGCCGCAGAAGGACACCCUGCUCCUCAGAUCUCCUGGCAGAAAGACGGGGGCACCGACUUUCCUGCUGCUCGAGAACGGCGCAUGCACGUCAUGCCCGAGGAUGAUGUCUUCUUCAUUGCGAACGUGAAGAUAGAAGACAUGGGGGUCUAUAGCUGCAUGGCACAGAACAUAGCCGGCGGCCUCUCUGCCAACGCCUCACUGACCGUGUUAGAGACACCCUCGUUUAUUAGACCGCUGGAGGACAAGACGGUGACCCGCGGUGAGACUGCUGUGUUGCAGUGCAUCGCUGGGGGGAGCCCUGCCCCUCGCCUCAACUGGACCAAAGAUGAUGGAGUCCUGCUCGUGACAGAACGGCACUUCUUUGCUGCAGCCAACCAGCUCCUCAUCAUCGUAGAUACUGGGCUAGAUGAUGCUGGGAAGUACACUUGCAUUAUGUCUAAUACCCUUGGGACGGAACGUGGUCACAUUUACCUCAAUGUCAUUACAUCCCCCAACUGUGACUCUGCCCAGAGCAGCAUUGGGCACGAAGCGGGUGACUGGACUACGAUCGGCAUUGUCAUCAUUGUGGUGGUCUGCUGUGUUGUGGGAACCUCUCUAAUCUGGGUGAUCGUCAUUUACCACAUGAGAAGGAAAAAUGAAGAUUAUAGUAUCACAAACACAGAGGAGCUUAAUCUGCCUGCGGACAUUCCCAGCUACUUGUCUUCCCAAGGAACACUGUCUGAGCCACAGGAAGGCUACAGCAACUCUGAGGCAGGCAGUCAUCAGCAGCUUAUGCCUCCGGCCAACGGAUACGUCCACAAAGGUGCUGAUGGUGGCGCUGGGUCCCGGGUGAUCUGCUCAGAUUGUUAUGACAACGCCAACAUCUACUCCAGGACCCGAGAAUACUGCCCGUACGCUUAUAUUGCUGAGGAGGAGGUUCUGGAUCAGACACUGUCUGGCCUCAUGGUCCAGAUGCCCAAAGAGACCUACUUGGCACACCCUCCGCAAGACGCCUCGAGCCUGGAGAGCCUGAGAGCACCGGCAGACAGAGAGCGGGCUGCCUUUCCCACCAACCACGAGAGGACAGGCGAGGUGAUCCUGCCCGCCACACAGCUGGGCAGUGAAACAUUGCAGCAGCCCUUGUGGACCGAAAGCCAGGAACUAAGCCUUCCUCCUCCUCCUCCUCUUCCUCUCUCCCAGCAGCCAAUCCUCGAGUUGCCACAAGGCCUCCAAGAUAGGGGCCAGGCUGAGAGUGACCCAGACUGCUCCCCUUCCUCGCUGCCCUGCCACAGGUUACACAACCACACUUUCAGCGGGAGUUGGACUCGGACCGUUCAAGGUGGGAGUGAAAGCCUAUGAAACCCACUCCGCUCCAGAUGGAAUCUGGGCAGAAACGCAAGUCAUUUAAUUUUGGAUUUACUACCUCAACAUGCAGAAGAAACCCCACGGUUGGCAUUUGCUUUUCUCUUUGUUUACCAUCACAUCUGAUCACAUCAAAAUGGGCCAGGCUAUUGCUUGGGGUUGUACCUGGUGAACGAAAAGGGUGCAUCUCACUGAAAAGGUGCAUCAUUGCCAGAGGAAGAGAGGGGGUAAAUGUGCUUCCAGAAAGUUCCACGGGAUGUGUCCAGGAGUGCGUGACGUAUUAGGACAAGUCUCAUCGCUGCUUACCAUGCUGGAUUGUCUCACCCAUCACCAGGACCCUGGGGGAAGCAUCAUUGUCCUGCUUUGUCGUCUAAGGGACAGAAAAGGCUGGAGCCCUCAGGAAGCAUGCCUGGGGUUCUUCAGUGGCUUUAAGCUAUGUAUAAUAGAGACUGGGGCUUUGAUAUUCAAGGUCUUCGGCAAGGAUCCCAGACUUGCCCAGCUGGAAUAAGGUCUUGGGAUUUUAUAGUCUUGUGAUUCCUUUUUCUUUUUUUUUCCCUCUCUUACCCAGGGAUCUCAUUGUAAAUAUAUUUGCUUUUAUAAAUAGUUUUUGUAUCCAUUGACCAUAUGUGUUGGCUGCAAUGUACAUAUUUUUGAUAUGCCAAAAGAUCUAUCUAUAUAUAAUACCCAGUCAUCUUGUUGACAGCAGCAUCUCGUGAUCAUGGACAGAUUUUGUAUAAAGUUUCGAAAAGGUACUUGUUAAAUGUACGUACAGAAGCAAGGUACCUAGUGAUUGUGUACACACAAACAGUCUUGGUGUGGUGAACCACUUUUUUCAUUUUUCCAGGUUCAGACAUCUACUCACUUGCAUCUGUGUGCAAAAGCCAGCUGGCUCCACCUUUCCAGUGUGAUGAGGCUUGCUCGCUCUUUCUGACGACAGGCAGCUCAGGCACAGCCACGGCCACAUGCCCACGGAGACAAACAAACAUUUGAGGCAGUCUUUCAACAGAGUACUUAGUUGGCAUGGAAACCAAAGAUUGCUUGUUCUAUGUGUUUGCUUGAUUUUCAUAGCUGUUUUUACCAAGACCUAACAUAUGAGGGAUUGCAAAAAGUUCAUGGAAACAUUCCUUGAUCUUUUUCUUGCAUUUCCCCCCACGACUUUCUGAAGUCCUUUCGUAUCUUAAAUAUCUUCAAGCAGGGAGGAGUUCUCUGGGGAGAAGGAAGUUGCAGGUGUGGAGACACAUGUGGUAGGACGUCUGCAGACAAGGGAUGAUUGGAGCCGGCGUUUCCCUUUGCAUUUCUGAUAGGAAAAUGCUUCAUAGCAGCAAAGGGUGGGGCGAGCUGGAGUUCUUUCUGUGUGCCGGGAGAUUGAGUCUGCGCUGGAAAGCUGGUCAGUCCCUGAAAUGAAAGUGUCUUAAGUCUCUGUACAUUUCAAGAGUUGCAGACUCAUCCUUUCUCAGCACUCUGCCCGAAAGUUUACCUUUCUUUCAUUCUGGUUUUCCGUCCUACAAGCCUUUCCCACGGGGAGCAGUCCUUCUGUAGCUGUUUAUAGCUCUCUCCUUUUCCAAGGGCCAGCCGUCGUCAUUUUUACUGUGAACUUCUUCAAUAGCACUUUCAGAUCUAUGUUGCCCUAGGCCUUCAGCUUGCGAUCUCCCUUCUUAUUUACUGGGUUAUAAUUUGAUUUGUCCUGGACUUUGGACUCGGGAGACCAGGCCCUUCAGUUCCUUCUCUGUUAACUUAGUAGCGGUGCGAUCAAGAGCAAGUCCCUUUGUUUCUCUGUGCCUUGUUUUUCACUUUUACCAGGCACUCCAAAGGCCUCCCGCGCUGUAAUGUUCUCUCUCGGCCUCUCUGGUCCCUCCAGGAACCAAGGAAGAUUACGACACUUCUUGCUCUGACUUGAACCAAAUGCUUUGAAACAGCAUCAGCCAACAUAAAGAACCACCUUGGCAGGUGCCUGUUGCUUUCUGGGACACACGUCUGAAUAAAGCAGAUCAGUUUGCCGGAAUCUGCUGCGUGGAGUGACCUAGCUGCGUCGGUGCCACUAGCAGAGUCUUGAGGUUGGUGACUCCCUUUCCUUCUGAGAGGUUUCUGGGGCUAUCCCUGUUGUUUUUGCACUCUGGUUGACAUCGGGAUGAAACAGGUAGCGGGUGAGCUAAGCUGGCAGAGAGAGUACCAGUGAGCACGGGCUGCCGCACAGGAGGAGGGAGGAGGCAGAGACAGGGCUGUGAAGCAGUGCCUCAGAAAGUGGAUUGUGGGAGGAGUGCUCCCUCUGCGCCUUAGCAGCACUCCGUCCACUGCCCAGGGUGUCAGAGCCUGGGCUUUUCCAAGGGUCACAUGGUUCUCCAUCGGGCCAAUCCAAAUUGUUGAGACGUCCUCCCAGAAAUUCCAGGUUUCUUCAGUAACUGGUCAGGGCUGUGUGAAAACGUGACGAGCCUAUGUCUGGGCUUAAGAUCAGUCUAACACAGUCUAAUCUUAGAGUGAAUUUCUGAAACUUCAUUAUUGCCUAUGUUUUUGACCAAGCAGUGAUGGAACCCCCUCCAGUAUGAACAGGAUUAGUGAGUGGCGCAUGGCUACUUUUCCCUCACAAUAGAAAAACAUCUGUUUAAUGUCAGCUUGACCAGGGAUGCUGACGCUGCAAGACAAACUAAAAGAAAGAGCCCCUACCCCUCCCACCCGGUUCCCAUGUCAUUCCAAAUGGGAUACAUACAUUGUCUUAAUUGUUUGUAUCCCUCUUCGCUGAAUGCUGCACAUGAAAUGGAAGAUGAAAUUGCAUUUCCACUGAAUUCUGGAUUCCUUUGCACAAGGACCUCAGCUAAGCCAUUGGCUUUCUGUCACUUGGCUGUCAAAGUGCUUUUCUCCAGUCUGCAAGUGUCCCUCAAAGAGGGACUCACUGAAGCUCACCUCGAUGCCCAGCUGCUCCCAGAGUGCCCCCUCUGGAUGCCUGGCAUGCAGCUUUUCUGUACGCUGCCUUCACAUUGCCUCGCCCCUUCCUCACACUCACUGCCAUGAGUGAUGCCACCUCAGCGACCCUCUAGGACAGGGUGGAAGUGCCCAUGUGGCAUUCUGAGACUGUCUCCUUUUACAGGAGUAGAAAGCCUCGUUUUUCUCCCGAGGAGUAGCUGGCGAUUUUGCACUGCUGACCUUGUGAGUUGCAGCCCAACACGUAACCACUAGACCACCAGGGUUGCAAAAGGAACUUUAGGAUGUCAAACAAUCUGGACUAGGAAAUGGGAUUAGGAAAAAACACCUCCCCAAACCAAACCCAGCAUUGUCCAGUCACUGCUGACUCUUCACAGAUUAGUAAGGUGUUUCUGAGCCUGCCUCAUCUUUUUCCCACAGAGUGGCUGGUGGUUUUGAACUGCUAACGUGGCAGUUAGCCCACAAACCACAUAACUAGGAUUAAAUUCACCCUUCUAUCCAGAGGACACAGCUAUUAUCAGUGGGGUUGACAUUGCAGGGGGCAUAGUAUACCCUUUAUAAUAAUCUCAGUAUAUGUUAAUCAUUCUGAUAGUUUUGUCUGACAAUUGGAAUAACCUGCCUUGAAAGCUAAUGAGCCUCCCAUCAUAGGAAAGGUACAUAGGAAAGUACCUAAAUAACCAUUUGUUUCAGCAGUGAAGAAAUGUCUGCUGGGUUUUUGUUUUGCUUUGGUUUUUGUUAUAUGGACAAAGUGACUUUUAAGGGAGGUCUCUUUCAACCCUCACUGGAACUUCUCCCCAAGUAACCUGGCAGUCUUGGAAAACUUUCGCCCUUCAAAGUCCUUCAUGUUCAGGGUAGAAUAGUUCAAGUUGGGGUUUUUUAACUAAAGAUUUCUAGUCGUUGGUUGACAAAAGAGGCCUGGUGUCCUGUGUUAAUGGCCGAACAUAGGAAACUAGAUUUAUUCCUUCUGGGGAAAUCUGUUAGCUGGUUUCUAAUGCAAGUGACAUUGUAAAUAAAACAUUUAAAGCCCACAAUGUGUAAAAGCUCCCUUGACUAAAUUUUGGAUCGCUUUUUAUUCUUGUUUUUAUCAAUGGAAAAUGCUGGAGUGGACUUGAAAUUGUGAUGUUCAGUUUUAAAUAAACUCACGUGUAUUAGUGAGUGACCUUUUCAACUCUUAAUGCCAGUGACGUGCUAGAAUAGCAGAGGUAAAUUUGCUACCAUUUUAUACUACAUCUUCUCUCAAUAUUUUGGUAUAUGUACCAGAGUUUGUUUAUCCAUUCCUCCACAGACAGGGUUUCUGAUGACUCCCAUCUUCUUGCUAUUAUAGAAAUUGCUGCUAUAAACAUGGGUGCGCAUAUAUAUAUUCCUGUUUGGGUCUCCGUUUCUUUAGGGUGCAUGCAUACCAAGGAGAGAGAGGGCGGGGUCAUAAGGUCUUUUAAUUCACAUUGGUUUCAGGAAGCAUCAGACUGUUUUCUGCAGCAGGUGUAAAAUUCAGCAAUCCCACCCGCAAUCUAUGAGCGUGCUAGUUUCUCCACUUCCUCUGGCUUUUCCUAUUUUCUGUUUUCAGGAGUUUUCCUAAGAGUGUUGGUGUGAGGUGGUGUGUCAUCCUUGUUCUAAUGUGUCUCUCUCAUACAACUCUUGUCUAAUUGCAAGCAUUUCUUCAUAUGAUUAUUGACCGCCAGGAUGUCACCUGUAGUAAACUGCCUGUGUAUGUCUUGCGUCCAUAUUUUGAUUGGGUUAUUUGUGAUGUUGUUAUUAAAAUGUAGUUUUCUAUAGAUUUUGAAAUUAGCCCUUUAUCUGAGGUAUCAUCACCAGACAUUCCACCCCCUCCCAUGCCACCCACCCCCGUGUGUGGGCUCUCUUUUUCUCUCUCUCAAUGAGCCGUUUAGACAUGGGACCAUUGCCACUCCUGUUGGGUGCUGUCUCGAUCGGGACUCCGGCACCCUUACCUGUGACUGCACACAAACCACUGCGGCCGUGCCCUCUCCCCCGCUGUUCUUCUGUCUGAGCCUGUAUUCAACGAUGAGAAACAGUGCCACCAGGUGAGCCAGGUUCUCCACAGCGCCCCCAGAGGAUGAGGGUCCAGAGAGCCGAGUGACUCCCAGUCAGUCAGAGGGGGAUGCUGCAGGGAUGAACAUUGCCCAUUGGGGGCCAGGCAAGCUGUGCUGCUUCCACAUGGUGCUUCCUCAGCCCUUUCCGGGUGCCUGCAGCCAGACUCAGUCUGCCCUUCCUGCCUCUGUUUCCAUAUAUGUGUUCACUCGCCAACCGCUUGGUGCUCUCAGCUGGGCCGGUUUCCCGGUCCUCUUCCUGGCCUUUCACACCACCCAUUGCUUCUCGUGCGCAGUCGCUUCUCCUGGAAGCGGUGCUCUUCCUGAGCCCCACUUGAUAGUUUUGGAUUGCUGUUCCCCUCCGUCCGAGGGUGGGACAGAGCGUCUGAGUGAAUGAGGCCUGCUCUGUCAUCUUCAUGGUCUCCCUUCUCCUCGGAGUGAACUAGGGCGGGGGCAGGAUGCUGCGGCCUGCCACGUCUUUAGUGGUAGAGUCCUGUUUUCUGUCUGCGCCCCAGGCCCAGACCGUCCUGGGAACCUGGGUAAGUGGAGCAGCUUCAAUGGGCUUCUGUUGCCACCAGGACUCCAAGUCCUCAUUCUCUCAGGGCUGCUGACGAUGUCUCCUUUGAAAUCCCCACUGAUGACACCAAGAAAAGUCAGAGCAAACUGGAGCUGAGAAGCAGGCCCAGGCUCUUAACAAAACCCUGGGAAAGGGCGCCUCCAAGGCGGCAGGCACAUGGGGGCUUGUGCGCGAGGACUGGCAAAACUGGGUCCCUUUCUUAUUCUGCUUGUUUGUCUGCUUUCUUUCUUUUUUUCCCAAUCCAGAUAUCAUAACAUUCCAUAGUUGCAGCACCUCAAGCAGUAUUGUUCAAUCGCUACCACGAUCAGUUUCAAAACAUGUGCUCUCUUGAUUUAUUCUGCUUCUUGAUGCAAGUAAUGGAGGUAAUUGUGAACCAGGUGGACUGUGAACAGUUGAGCCUGGACGUCAUGCGUUCUUUCUCUGCCACAUGGCCUCUGUCUUGGGGUGGCGGGUGCAUUCCCUCCUACCGCUUCUCCCUUUGCACUCUCUUUGGCUGUUGUAGAAUCGAAACCAACAUCCGUUCGCCUCAAGUUUCUUUUAUUUGGGGGUGACUUCUGCCUAGUUUGUUGAUGAGAACAACAAAUUCUGCCUGAAAGCCCAUCAGCUCUCUAAAGGGCAGGCAAGGGCGUGGGUACUGAGAGAGAGAGAGAGAGAGAGAGAGAGAGAGAGUGUGUGUGUGUGUGUGUGUGUGUGUGUGUUGAGUAUGUUUUGGACAUGCUGCCUCAAGGUUUUGUGUUGAGUCUUUCUUAGCAGCCUUAAUCAUCUCCACCAAGAGAGAGCGGUGGGAAAGCAGUCUGCUUUGUGCCUGUGCGCACGUGAGGAGUGAAGAAGGGGUCUUUGACAAACAGUUGCCGGUCUCUAAAGAACCCUUGCCUGUCGUGUGGUGAAGUGCUCUUUUGGUAGCUCUUUGUGUGGUGCCUCUUGACCUGCAGGGAGACCUCAUUCUGCCCUCUGCCCCCCCCUCCCCCCGUUGUCUGUUCUCUUCCUCCUGUCAGAAGGGUUCGUCUGAGCCUUCUUGGUAUGUGAUGUACGUAGAGAGAUGGAUAGGCCAAGCUGUUGUUGAGUGUGACCCUUUCCUAGUAUCUAUCAAUAUUUUCUCACCACAAGAAUGUAUGUUUUAUAGAGCAUGUGUUUGUCAACUUGUUUUUGUCUACUGUACAAUGUCUCCAAUAAAGCUGAGAUACAAAAUGA